CCUGUUGAUGCCCGGGUGUAAGGACAGGGUAGAGGUAACAAGUUGAAAGGUUGUAAAACGGUAAAACGGUAAGGCGGCAGUAAUAUUACGUUACGGCAAUUAAAUAACGCGAAUUCGCCGUGGGCUAAUUCUAUCUUGCGAAAAAGAGAUUGGUUGUGAAACAACUCAAACGAGCGUCAGCUUCGAGGAUCAAUAAUGCUUACAAACGUUGCUAGUUAGCUACCGUUAGCUAGCUGCUAGCUGGCUUGCUAAAUUGCUAUGUCGCAACCAAGUGCUUGGAGCUAGCACAGCUAGCUUUAGCUCACCUAACUGAAAUUAACUUUGAUACAGGAGGAAAACAAGAAAGAUGGCUGUGUCCGUGCGAGGCCUGUACUUUGUGGUCACCCUUUUUUUGGCCAGUUUCUUCGGAAGUGUCUUCAUGCUGGGUCCGGUCCUGCCUCUCAUGCUGCUGUCUCCUGCUUGGUACCGCUGGAUCACCGAUCGCAUCGUCGCUACCUGGCUCACUCUGCCUGUGUCGUUGCUGGAGCUGGUGUUCGGGGUGAAGGUGGUGAUAACGGGUGAUGGCUUCAUUCCGGGCGAGCGAAGUGUGAUCAUCAUGAACCACCGCACCCGACUGGACUGGAUGUUUCUUUGGUGUUGUCUGCUCAGGUACAGCUACCUUCGUCUGGAGAAGAUCUGCCUUAAGGCUGCCCUGAAGGCUGUGCCUGGCUUCGGCUGGGCCAUGCAGGUGGCCUGCUUCGUCUUUAUUCACCGUCGUUGGGAGGAGGACAAAAAGCACAUGGAGAACAUGCUGGACUAUUUCUGCGACAUCAGAGAGCCCCUGCAGCUGCUACUGUUCCCGGAGGGCACAGACCUCACCGAAAAUACAAGGGCAAAGAGCAAUGUGUUUGCUGCCCAGAACAACCUGCCAGAAUUUGAGUAUGUGCUGCAUCCCCGCAGCACUGGAUUCACCUUCAUUGUGGACAGACUACGAAAAGGAGAUAACCUGGAUGCUGUCCAUGAUAUCACAGUGGCAUACCCCAAGAACAUCCCCCAGACAGAGCGCCACCUCAUCCUGGGCCUUUUCCCGCGCGAGAUCCACUUCCACGUCCGCCGCUACCCGGUGACCUCCCUGCCCGACUCCUCCUCCGACCUGGAGUCUUGGUGUCGAGACCGCUGGGCCGAGAAAGAAAGCCGACUGCGCGACUUCUACUCGGGGCAGCGGCGGGGCUUCGGCGGGGACGGCGUCGCGCUUGUGCCACCUUGUAAGACGGAGCUGCGGGUGACUCUGAUCAAAGCGGCCUCGCUGCUGUACUGGAGCAGCUUCAUCGCUCUGUGCUUCACCGGCCUGUGGCUGUGGGCUCCGGUCAGGCUCUACUUCCUGGUCAUGGUCGGAGUGUACACGGCUCAGCAGAAGCUGGUCGGCGGGUUGGAGCUGCUGGAGUUGGCCUGCCAUCGGUUCUGGAAGUCCAUGGCAGCCGCCGCAGACGAGAAGGGUAAGGUGCAGAGUGGGAAGAUGCAGUGAGGAUGGAGGACGAGGUCGACUGGACAACGAUACGUUUCCCAUCUAUGCUCGGCAGGGACACUGAGGACUCAGUUGUCUCGGCCUGUUCAGUCCAUGCUCCGUGCCUCAGAAAAGGGAGUGAUGAGUUAACUCCCCUGCGGUGUGCACGGCUUCAGCGGCGAGGCCUUACCUGGCUGUUGAAAGAAGAAAAAGAGGAAUGUUAUUUACAUUUGUCGUUGUUUGAUUCAAAGAAUGUAUCGCACACACGUUGUAGGUCUCUCGCUCUUUGUACGUCUCUCCACGUAUGACCUUUGGUCUUCAGCUUGCUCAGUGCAUUUUAUUAGUUUAUGUGUUUUAUUGGAGUUGUUUUAUUCAGAACCUCGUGUGGACGUACGUCAUGAAACAAUGCUCUUAGUAUUUGUUAUUCCGUUGCCAUGUCUUCGAAAGUUGUUUUAUUGGAUGCUGUGUUGCCCUUUGUUAUAUAUCUGUGUCAUAAAUCAUGGAGCAGAGCCAUAGUGCAGACCACCUGUACAUAUGAUACCUCGACUCUAACCAAUAUUCAAACAAGCACUGCAAUUAGCGGGAUUAGACUGAGGCAACUAGUUAAAUGAGUCAAAUGUUUAGUGAUUCAAUUAGUCGUCUCUACCAAGGAAAGAAAAGUUUCCCAGAGAAUUUUAAAGGAAUAUACAGGUAUAAAUGUAUACCUUUGUUUACCUUUUUUGUGUUUAAUUACUCUUUUAUACAAAUUUGUGAAUUAGUACGUGAUUAUAGAUGUAUGAUCUCUGUAAAGGUCUUGAAAUCUGUUUUUCAUUAUUUUUGUUUGCUCAUGUAGCUUUUGCACAUAACAGCCAAAGGAUGAGAAUUGCAGAUGGGGACUUUAGGAAGAAACCAAACAGAAUGGGGUCUCUGUGUUGUUAGGAAAGGGUCCCCUCAUCCAACACCGGCAAGGAUACCCACAGCUACACUGAGGUAGCAUUAUGUCAUCAUGAUCAAAGAUCCGACUGAGAUCUUAUGUCUGCAGAAGCAGAUGAGCUUUGUGCCCUUUCUGGGAGCGAAGGGAUGCCUUUUAGAGGCACAAUGGGGUGGAAGAAUGUCCUGUUGGUACAACAUUGCCCCUCCAUGCACAGGGUGGCAUAGAGAACCAGACUUGGAGUGGAAAACUGGCCACGAACUUGACCUAAUCCAAAAAAAACCCUGUAAUGCCCACCUCUGCCCUCUGCUCAAUUAGCACACGACAGCUGAGAAAGCCCCUCCAAUUGUGCCAAAAAAGGACAGGAAUCAAAACGAGAUUGGAGUGGCGCUUUCACCACGCGUAUAACCACUAACUCCGUUUACCAUUUCAAAUCAUGUUAAUCCCGUGGGUCUGGAAACAUUUGUGUCUCAGGCCGUCCGUAGCACUUUCUGUAACACUGCGAUCAAGACCAUCAACCAAUUUCUGAGACAAUUGUCUUUGACUGUCGUUUUUCUUUUUUUAUAUGAAUCUGAAGCUCAUGUAUGUGUAAAGAGGCUGUCUCCAGUCACUGUGAUCCAGCUGUUUUAACAAUUUUACCAUCAGCAUGUUUACCAAACAUGGUACUAUAUAUCAGUCUCAUCCACCCCGAAUCAGCCAAAAUCUCCUUGUGUUGUUCUGUACCCUGUGCUGUUUUUCUGCUCAUUUUACAAUCACUUGAUCGCUGAUGCUGGACCUAUUUAAAGUCACUGUCCUCAGGUAAACAAGAGUCGGUCUCUUACAGGAGGAAAUAUAUGUAUACAAAUAUGUAUAUGAAUAAAUAUGCUAUAUCAACGA